AAUUGAAAUCUAAAUAAAUUGUUAUAUUUGUGAAAAAAUAAAUUUAUGUCAACUAAUCCGUUUCCAGUAUGUUAGCUCUCUGAACCAUGUGGUAUUACAGCUGUAUUAGCGUUCUGAUAUUUUUUUGUUUAUAUUUUGUUAUGUAUAAUGAACUCUUCUACAAUACGGAUGAAGAUCAGGUUUUAUUGUUGAAAGCUUGUUCCCAUAAACUGCAACAAAAUGAAGACAGAUACGAAGACGAUUUUGAGGGACUGUUUUCUAAAAGUCGCGGACGUGACCUACAUAAUGUACUUAUAGAUAAUGAAAAUUAUACUGAAAACUGUUGUUUUAAUUUUGAAAAGCCACCAAAGACAUAUAUACAAUUACUGGAUUUCUAUAAAAAUCUAUCAUUUCCGAAAGACGAACGCUUUCUCUGGGACAAAGGCUGGAAUAUACAAUAUGAUCCACAACGAUUUAAUGAAAAAAAUAAACUUGAAGUUUUUGUGGUUCCACAUUCUCAUAAUGAUCCGGGAUGGCUGAGAACUUUUAAUGACUAUUACCACCACAAGACGAAACCACUUUUGGAAAACAUUAUUCAAAAUUUGUUCACCUUUCCGGAUUUGAAAUUUAUUUGGGCUGAAAUUUGUUAUUUUUCCAGAUUUUAUGAUACUCAAGACCUUAUCACAAAAGAGAGAAUUAAAAAACUCGUACAUAAUGGGCAGUUGGAAUUUGUCACUGGCGGUUGGGGAAUGCCAGAUGAAGCUAAUACACAUUGGAUAAGUUUAUUAAUACAACUUACUGAAGGACAAAGUUGGUUAAAGCAAAACUUUAAUAUUACACCUAUUAAUUCCUGGUCUAUUGAUCCAUUCGGUCACAGUCCUACUUUGCCUUACAUACUCAAGCAGUCUGGAUUCCAAAAUUUGUUAAUACAACGUACUCACUACUCAGUCAAGUACAAUUUGGGCAACAAACGUUUGUUGGAGUUUCUUUGGCGACAACUUUGGGACACUAAAGGUGAUACCGAGUUGUUUACGCAUAUGAUGCCAUUUCUGUCUUAUGGAAUGAAACAUACCUGCGGUCCAGAUCGUACUAUUUGUGAACAAUUUGAUUUUAGGUAUAUUAAUAAAAACACGAUAGACCGAUUUUUUCGACGAGGUCAGGAUGAAAUAACUACAAAAAAUAUAGUUAAAAAGUCUAACUUACUUGUGGAUCAAUGGAAAAAAAAAGCUGAACUCUAUCGCACAAAUGCUUUAUUAGUGCCACUUGGCGAUGACUUUCGGUAUCAAGAAAAGAAUGAGUUACUUAACCAGCGCAAUAAUUAUGAACGGCUUUUCUACUACAUUAAUCGUCAAACCAAAUUCAACGUCAACGUGCGGUUUGCAACGUUACAGGAAUAUUUUGAGGCAGUACAUAAACACACAAAUUAUAAGUUUCCAACAUUGAGUGGAGACUUUUUCACUUAUGCUGAUCGCGAAGAUGAUUACUGGAGUGGUUACUAUACAACACGUCCAUUUUAUAAGCGCAUGGAACGUGUUCUGUUGUACUACUUGCGAGCGGCGGAACAGCUAAAUGCAUGGAAUGUAAAAUAUAAAAAUGACCGUUUUGAGAAAAUUCUAAGAAAUGUGCGUCGGCAGUUAUCCCUAUUUCAGCAUCACGAUGGCAUAACGGGCACCGCAAGAGCACAUGUGGUAGAAGAUUAUUCAAUCCGUCUGAAAAAUGCCAUUAAGGAUUGUCAGUAUGUUAUGGAAAUGAAUAUUUUCCGUUUAAUGACUAGAAAUUCUUAUGAAAAAAUGGAUUAUAAUAAGAAAUAUUUCGACAUAGAUGAUUCUAACUGGCCGUGUAACGGCUCAAUUCGUAGUCCAAUUAUUUUUAGCGAAGAAGAUGGAAACAGUAAAUUUCUAGUGUUUCACAAUUCAUUGGCACAAUGGCGAGAGGAAACAGUACAGUUUUUAGUUACUGCCCCAUUUAUUCUUGUCUCAGAUCUUGAUGGCCGUCCAAUACAAGCACAAAUAACUCCAGUUGUAAUUUGGGAUAAAAUAACUCCGACUUUUUUAACUAAACUUUAUAAUUUACAUUUUGUAGUUAAAAUACCUCCUCUGGGCAUGAAAACAUAUAUAUUAAAUCUGAAAUCGGAGAAAACGAAAUCAAAACAUACAUACUUCGCUUCAAACAUCAUAUCGAAUACAUCAUUUAUUGCUGUAAACAUUGAAAACUAUCCAAAGGAACUAAUAAAAUUUACUGCCCAACGUGAAUAUAUUAUAACUCUAACUAAUGGUGGCACCAUACAUUUUAAUAAUAAUGGAACUCUAAAGUCUAUAAAAACCGAUAGGAUUAGAGAACCCUGGCCGGUUUCAGUGCAAUUUUAUGAAUAUGGUACUAACUGGUGGAGCAAACAAUCUGGGGCUUAUCUCUUCUUGCCUAAUGGUCCAGGAAAACCCUUAGUAGGCAAUUUUGUACCUUAUAUUGUAUAUACCGAAGGACCAAUUGAGAGUUCUGUUUGCGUCGGUCUACCUCUUGUUGUACAUUGCACAAGGAUAUAUGAUAAUAAAAUUGAAAUACGUAAUAUUGUCAACAUAAGCCCAUUGAACAAUUUUGAAAUAUCUAUGAGAAUUGCAACAACAAUUAAAAAUAAAGAUGUUUUCUAUACUGACCUCAAUGGUUUGCAAAUGAUCAAGCGAAACUAUUUUCAUAAGCUUCCUUUGCAAGCGAAUUUUUACCCGGUACCCACUGCAGCUUAUAUUGAAGAUGAAAAUACGCGACUUACAAUAAUCACUGCUCAGCCUUUGGGUGGAACUUCUCUGUCAUCAGGAGUAUUAGAAAUAAUGUUGGAUCGGCGUUUAAGUCAAAGCGAUGGCCGUGGCUUAGGCGAGGGUGUACUUGACAAUCAACCAACAGAACAAAUAUUUCAUUUGUUGUUUGAAAACUUAGAAGGUUGUGAAAAACGUGUAGAAAAUCAUCCUGCCGGUGCAUUGACUUUGGCUGCAUACCGUGCUACUAAAGAGCUUCUAAAUCCUAUAAGUAAAUUUGUUUAUGUAUCAUUGGAAACAGCGUUACGAAAAGACUUCGGUACCAAAUAUUCACCAAUUAGUGAUGAUAUGGAAAUAAUUACAUUACGAAAUAUAAUUAAUCUGGAGAGAAACUCAACUGAAGUAAACACAGGAGUUAUUAUACAUCGCACCAAAGUGUUGGAAUGUUCUGCUCACACUGGAAAUCUGAACAAAUCGGUGCAACUACAUAAUUUAUUUCCGUUCCAGACUUAUGGAAGUUCUAUACACAGAACAACCUUAACUUUUUUAAAAAAUUUGGGUGAAGUCGAUAUAGAAGAACUACAAUUUUGUCCUAUGGACACAAAAGCACUAAUUUUUAAACAUAUUCCCUUUAAAAUAUAAUCAAUAUGGAAUUAUGCAAAAGGAAUUCAUCAAGACUUUAAAAAAUGUUUCGUAAAUACCACAACAAAAUACAAGAAACAGAUAAGUAGAUUAGUUAAUCCCAAUGAGCUAGCUAGCGGCUUAAGUGCAAGUCGAACAGUGGGUUAAAAGCAGGUUCCAGGUUUAAGUAAUAUUAAAGUAUAUAAGUAUAUAAAAUAUAGGAAACAUAAUAUUAUUAAAAGUAAUUGAAAAUGCAUCCGAGUCCGUUCUAAAGACCCGUUCUUUAGAUGUUUGUCUUCUGUUACAAAUUAGAUUCUUCUUAUCAAAGCAUAUUGUUAAUAAUAUAAGAUAGGUUAAAAUAAAAGAAAGUG